AUGACUACGAACGGUACUAAUGGUUUUGAUUUUGCUGAUAAAGGUGAUCAUCCGCCUCGGCAGUCUCAAGAGAAUCCCCCUGGGAAUUUUCAAGAGCUGCCGUUAGAUGGUGGUCAAAUUCGGAAAUCAUCGUCGAACGAUGGUGUUUCCAACAACGUCGAAUUCAAUACAAAUACAAAUGCGCACGAGUCGUGGGCUGACUACCCUGAAUCAGACCAGAUGGAUACUGAUUCAUCUGAAUACUAUACAGAAGAUGAAAACGAAGAAGGAAAGAUCCCCAAAGGUCCAUACCAUCAAUUUCAAAAUGCUAAUAAAUUUACUUACUUUACACCAGAAACUGCAACAACAUUAGUUGCUCCUAACAACAAUACACAAAACACUACAACUGAACAAGACAAUAUGUCCAAAACUUAUGCCUCUGUGGCAGCUACAUUCAAAACAAACUUGGCCAAGAGCCAAGAUAAACAAGAGGAACUUAGAAUGUCCAAUUUUAAGGUCCCUCAAAAAGCCUUUGACGACUUAAAAAGACACAAUGAUGCGGUAUUUCCUGAAGAGGUCAUGACAUCUGAUCUCUCAACCAUUAUUAACAAAUAUGGACAUGAAAAGGUUUUCGACACCAUUGAGAACACGCUAAUUACUACUGCGCAAAACUUAGAAGGAUAUUUGAGUGAAUAUCCUGAGAAUGUUAUGAGAAAGGCAUUCAAAUAUUUCACAUUGAAACUCUCUAUUGAGGAUAAACAAACAAGAGACGUCUGUGAAGAAAUAUUAGGGAUAAGAGAGGAAUUGAUGUACAUCCAACGAAUUUUAGAUUUUAAUAUAAUGGACAAAGUAAUGUGCUUCAUGCCAUUUACGUUUGAACAAAUGGAAGGUAAACUUUCAUCAGAAAAGGCGAAAGUAAGAACCAUAGUGGAAAAUCUCGAAUUGGAUUUCGAUGGUACAGUGGAACAUAUCAAAAUUGAUAGUGCCAAACGAAACAGACAAUUGGUGGCCUUUAAAGUGCCAAUACACUGUCGUAGUUUAGCAGAAAGGUAUUUCCGACAAAUAUUUUUACAUAAAGAAGAUGUUAUAGUACAACAAUAUGCGCCUAUUAUUGAGAAGGUUCAGCUUGGGAGAAAGGGCAAAACUGAAGAAAAUAACCAUCAACUUUUAACAGAAUAUGUUUGUUAUUUCAUAGUUGAUCUCUUUUCGGGACAAGUUCCAAAAAGAAGAAUCAAAAUCGAUAAUACAAAGAAUAAGCCCUCCUCAUAUGAACAAUGUACAUCAAGAGUUUUAUCUAAUUGCAAAUACUGUGAAUACUGCAGAUCUAUGACCCAUACUAAAUAUCAUUGUCCUUUGAUAAAACCAUGCACCAACUGUGGUGUAAAAGGACAUAAGACAACGAGCUGUAAAAAAGCUCUGUCUACCAACACUCUGGUUCUAAAAAGACCAGAAACCAAACCAAACUUCCCAAUUUUACCACCUAAGGUGGUUAACAAAACUACGAGUGAUGAUUCUCAAAGAAAGGGAAGUAUAGCAAAAACUACUUCUCAUACAAAAGGAGAUAAUACAGAAAAGAUGGUUACACCAUCUGCUCAAAAUGAAAAUACUACCUUACAGGAAUCAAUACCUGUGACAAUUACGGGUCACAGGGAAGCUCCAACAACACCUCCUGUGGCUGAUACAACAGCCAAAAAAACAAUGACUACUGGCGUCCUGGAAAUGGAUACCAGUAAACACACAAUAUCCUCAAACGACGAAGCGUCACCGAGGAAAAAAUUAAAUGUGAAGGAAAAGCCCAGCAAUCCUGAGAAGGAUCCAGGGCUAAACCUGCCACCGAACCUCCAGUAG